ACAGAGUAAACUCCCAACGGCCGGCGCUGUGAUUGACAGGAGGGUGCUGGGCGGGGGCGGGCCAGGGAUAAAAGUGGAGCAAGGGCAAACUCAGACAAACAAGGGACGAGAGAAGCAUUUGGAGAUGUAAAUCUGCGGGAUUCACUCUCAAUCAAAGUUUGAGAAGAAGCCAAGAGAAUACAAAAUAAAGAACGAAAGAAAGAAAGAUCGGAUGGUUCCAACUUUUCGGGCCGACUUGCCACAUUGAGAAGCGUGGAGGAUGAACUCAGUGGGAGUCAGCAGUUCCGCGAAGCCGCCCACCGGGAAAAUGAAGGCCAGAGCUCCACCGCCGCCACCCCCUGCAGCCCCCAGACCAGCUCCUCGCCGGAACUUCCCCCCCACGUUGCCUUUGUCCCAAGAGGACGGAGACCGCAGUUCAGGGGACCAGAAGGAGAACGUGCUGAGGGACUCGCUGGACGUUCUGCUCACUCUACCUGGUGGCAUCCAGAAGAGAACUACAGUUAGUGGAAGCAAAGCAUUGAUGGACUUACUGGUGGACCUGUGCAGCCAGUACCACCUUAGCCCAGUGCACCACACCCUGGAACUGCAGACUAGAGAUGCUCAGCCGUUGGCCUUCAAGCCGAACACCCUGCUGGGAAUGCUGGAUGUGCACACCGUGCUAAUUAAAGAGAGAGUUGCAGAGGAGAAGCCCAAACGACCGCCGCCCAAACUGCCAGAGAAGACCGUGAGGCUGGUGGUGAACUACCACAAGACCCAGAAAGCAGUGGUGCGCGUAAGCCCUGUUGUCCCACUGAGCAAUUUAAUUCCCAUCAUUUGUGACAAAUGUGAAUUUGAUCCACGGCACAUUGUCCUACUGAGGGACAGCAGCAGCAGUAAGGGCCUGGACCUCUCCAAGUCCUUGAGCGACCUGGGAAUUCGGGAGCUCUACAUCUUGGACCACAGCUUAGCUCUGCGCUCUAAAAUUCACUCUGCGCCAAUUCUGAAUUUCUCAGAUCCAAGUCGGACAUCUUCAGUGAGCACGAGUGUCUCCGAUAAAAAGGGUCUCCUGGGUUUCUUCAAGCUUAGAAGAAAAAGUAAGACUGAAGAGCCAAGGCCAAUGGAGAUGGAUGAUUUCGAUGGUAGUAGAUAUGCACCCACCGCAGGAGCCGACGGUGAAGGCAAUUACACAGCGCCAAAUACCCCGGGUAUAAACUCCCGAGAGUGCACCAUAGUGGCAUGUCAUUCAAUGGGGAACAUUUCAAGACUGUCACCCAAAUCCGAACUGAAGAAACGGCGAGCACCACCACCUCCACCUCCGGGGUCGGCAUCCAUGCAGAACUUCCAGAGUGUUUCCCUCGAUGAUAUUCAGAUUAUCCACGACUCGCCCAACAUUAACCAGCAGAAGAAGCGGCGUGCACCUCCACCACCGCCAGCUCCUGUUUCAAGCGGCCCGACGGAGGAGACGCCCUUCGAUCGAUCUCGCCUUGUGGGGGUAGUGGAGUCCCCAUGCAGUGACAAAAAGGUGCCACCGAAGUCCUCGCCCACGCAUGGUGGUGAAGAGCCCUUGGGUGUUAAUAGGGAGUUAACAGAAGAAGAUGCUGAGUGUGAGGCCAAUAAUAAAACGGUGGAAGAGGCGGAAAAUAAGAGACACAGCACCAUGGGUUUUGCUGCUACAGAGAAAUUGGAAACUUCAUAUAAUCCUACUGACUAUCAACAUGAACAUAAAGAUUUAAAGAGUGUGAAAUUUGUCACCGAUGCAUUUUUUUUCUCACAGGUAACCAUUUCCACAUUCAUCCUCUGUUUAGGUGCUGGACGUCAGGUGCCACUAAAGCCUCGUAGAGGCAAUGUGAGGGACCCACCUCAGUUAGUGCUUCCCCCUCCCCCUCCAUACCCGCCUUGUAUAGAUUCAGACUACGUGGAUCCCGACGUUUCGCACCCAUCGAGUGAUGACGAGCUCACAGGCCACGUGGAUAUUGCUUCUCAACACUGGCAGGGAACCCAGCAAGAAGGAUGUUCUGACCAAAAGUCAGAGGAAGAGGAGGAAGAUGAGGAAGAAGUGCCGAAGGGCAGCCCUCACACAUCUGACAACACCUGCAUUACCUCUGACCACACAGUCAGCCAUCUCCGCUCCACCCAUGAUGCAUGUCAGACAGAUGGACCUGUCCCUCUGGAGGAGGCUGUGUGCGAGGACAGUGCCCCCGAAGAAAAGGGUGACACUGGCUGGUGCUCGCCAAACAGGUGGAGCGGCAGCAGCGGCGGUCAGCACCCAGAGGAUAAUGACGUGGAUCACUGUGGAGACCUGGGCCUCACCGCUCAGCUACAGCAGACCCUGGCAGAUCUGGAGGCCGACUUAGCAGCUCGCGAGGAGGUCGACGGCGUUUCCGAAGUGUCCGCAUUCCCCAGAGAGGUUUCUUAUUCUGAAGCUGAGGCGGCCGUCCCAGUGACUGCCAUCGAUGAGGUGUGUGACGAGGAUGUCCACUGUGUCUCAGAUGAAGUCGGCACGUCACAAAGAGAGAGGAUGAGCCAUGUUGGUUAUUACCCGCAGCCCGUCCAUGUUGAUAUCUCAAACACGGAGCUUUGUGUCAGCAGUAACAUUAAUGGCCAGUCUUACAUGCAAAAUAAUACGGAAAAGGAGGAGCCAAUCAGGGAAGCCCCUCCAGCAAAGCAAGAAGAGCCCAAAGAAGCAAGCGCCAUUAAAAAAGAAGACCGAUAUGAUAACACUCCUGAUGAAAUGAGGACAAUUGCUAAUAAUCGGAGGGUUCCAAAGGCCGAAAAGCCACCAGUGGCCACAGAAGGUGUCCUGCCAGCCCUUGUGUCAAGCAGACGACAGUUGUCACAGAUGUUAAAGUCACCAGAUUUUGCUGCGAGAGUAGGCAUGAAGACUUUCACAGUGGUACCACCAAAGCCUGUUGUCAAACCGUACCGGGAGAGAGAAGCCCCUACGGUAAGUGGAGCUAUCAAAAUAGAUGACCAAGGAAAUCUCAUCCUGCCAGAAACUGCCAACCAUAAACCGACUAAGUCGACGGGAGCAGGUGGAAGCACCAACGGCUCUCUGCUCAGGAAGGCCAAAGCCUUUUGGAGCUCAGCAGAACAGGAACAGAAUGUGGAAGACCACAAAAUGGGAGCAGCAGAGCCCAAAACCUGCAACUCACAAACCUCUGUGACGUCAGGAACACCGGCUCCACCAAGAGAUGAGACAACGCAGUCCAGGGAGUUAAAGGAGGAGCUUGUGAAACCCACCUUGGAUGCAGGCAAGCGCAACACUUCCAUGUAUGAACGGCCCAUGAAGCCACCUCAGACACUGCUGCUUUUAUCAGACAAUGAGAACCAGGCGGAAUUUCCAUUCCGCAAGCCAAUCCGAAGAACCUCCAGUCAGUACAUCGCCUCGGCCAUAGCCAAAUGCAGCAAGGUGCCUCAGUCGGUUUCAGAGCCAGUACAAUUUCAAGCUAAAAAUGUUCUCAGUAGUGUCCCAGAGAAAGGAAAACAUGUUUCGCCCUCUCCUCACCUUGAAAACGGAGAACGUAAUGGCCGGCUAGAGAGUGAAAGGCACAAAGGGCCACUUGACGAGCUGUCUGAAAAGCAAGAGCUUGGAAUCCCCGUCUCGAUAAUCGAUCAGUGGACACCACAGCCGGCUGGUAAUCCAGAGAAUAAUAAUGCGAUGUCCAGUUUUAAGGAAAGGGUCUAUGAGGGAACGUGGAAGAGCACACAAGAAAAUUCCAAAAGUGAGAAUGUCACGAGUGUCAACACUGAUAGCGACCUCGCCGAGUGUCAUCGUUCGCCUUUACAAUCCCCCACAAGUUAUCCGAAACUCAAUCCUCCACCCCAAAGCAGACUUGGGCCUUCCACCUCUUUGGAGAACAUACAGUCAAAUGGGCUUCGCGCCGAGCCGGCACAUGGGUUAAGGCCCACCGCACAAUCCUCUUGUUUAACUGGCCCCAUUGCAAAGAGUGCGCUGAAAAGUGGGAGUUUGUUCGGCCCGGUCAAAAAAUUCAGACCGAUUCACCUGAAGCCGCUGCAGAAAGAGGCGUCUUUGCACAACUCACUGAUGGAAGCGAUUCAAGCCGGAGAAGGGAAGGAGCGUCUUAGAAAGACACCUGACCCAAUUAAGAGUGCUGACCACCAGAAGCCUUCCAUUGUUGAAGCAGAAGAUCAAAGAUCCCAGCUGCUGGCAGCCAUUCGGGCUCAGAAUGGAAUAUCGGGAUUAAGAAAGAUCGCUUCAACAGCAUCUACAGAAAUAAGCCAUGUGAAGAAUUUAGAAAAUGUCCAGAAUGCUACAAAUGGUCAUUCCCCUUCUUCCCCACCAGCGGAAUUUUCACAUUCCAAAGAAAAACAGGUUGACGGCAUUGAUGCGGACGCUGGUUCAAAUUAUCUUAAAAAGAUGACUUCAGAUUCUCUUCAAGAGCACUCGCCACUCGCUACUGAAGGUGACUUUCCGGCCGCAUCGUGUCCACCGCCUCCACCUCCUCUCCCAAACCAACACAGUAAACUGAGUCAACCGCGUUUGCCAUCUUCAGCCUGUGCCAACAGUGGAGCAAGGGAAGCAUUAAUGGAAGCCAUCCGAACAGGCACCGGGGCAGCACAAUUAAAGAAGGUUCCUGUUCCUUCUAAAACCAUACUCAUCAAUGGGAGGAUUGGGACCAUGCAGGCAUCGUCAGGCUCCUAAGGAUUCCAUGGGACCGGUGCAACUGAAGAGUUUUUGGAAACACCAUGCCAUAUGUUACUCGCCUGGGCUUAUGUGGAUGAUCUUGCACAAAAUAACAAAAUCCACUAAAAAUGUGUGUGCCAAGAACUGUUUAAGUGUGUUUGUGGCUGUGGAGCAGUGAGGUUCACACAGGCCCGUGUGUGGACCACAAUGACUCUGUGUAUAGAAUCAACUGAAUCAUACGACCUUCAGGGUCCCGGGGCACAACUGUCAGAAACGACAACGACCGUGUGUUGAAUUGAAUCACACUGGAGUGCGAGUCACGGUUAGAAAUUCACAAGGGCAGAAUUUGCCUUCAAUAUUUAAAACCUUACAUAUACUUUGCUUGUAUUCUGUAUAAUUUAAUGCAUAAUAUUUAAUGAUAGUGGUCACUGUCUUAGGUUCCCCCCCCCCCCCCUUUUACUAAGUGCACUGUGAUGGAAAAGAAAAAGAGGAAUAGAAAUGUUAAAGAGAGCCGAGAAGAAUCCAAAAGAAACGGGCAUAGGGCUGCUAACAGGUAGGGAAAAACUUCUUCAUGAAUCUAAAUCUGAAAUCUGAGUUCAGGUGUAUUACAGAAGUUUAAAUCAAAAGAGAAGCGUGCCUGUAAGGUUUGUUUUGGAAUUACCAAGAAUCUUGGAUGUUGAUCUAUCUUACCGCCAUCUUAAAUAUCAACUGUGCCAUGACGUGACACGCCUAAUGCCAGCUGUGACUGCGACCGCAUCAUUGCUGACAACAGCGUGGUACACUGACAGUGCAGGGCAGCAGGAGGUUAAAGGAAACGAAUCGGGUUUGUAACAUCAACCCAGGGAGGGCAGGAAUUAAAGAAACAAUAUCUGUGACAUGAGACACAAUCGUAGAAUGAGAAACACUGUGAGAGAAAGAGAGUCAAUUAUCAGAAUAUUUCAUGCGGCUUAAGCCAAAAUGCGAAGCCUAAAGUCGAAAAUCAGAAAAGUAUUCAUACACAGAGGCACCUUUAACCAUCAAAAAGUUUGUUUUGAUUUAUCCACAAACUUGGGACACCCUGGAAGCGUAUGAUGUUGGCCUUCAUUCUCUCACAAUAGUACGUCACACGUUCCCGACCGUCCUGCCUAGCAACAGCCUGGCAAUGCCACGUGACAAAGAGCAAACAAUGGCGGCGCCCAUAAGAAAAACAAAAUGGCACCCUGAAAAAUAACGUCUUCUAAAAACAUUCUGAAUCAAAAAUACAAUCUGACCGUUUCAUUCCUUCACCUCUAAAAUCCAUGGAGCAACAUCUCCAUUAAUUUUAAAGGUUGAAAAAAUAUAAAACAAGCCAAGUCUUUUAUAAACAAAACAAAGAGCCUUGUGUUACUGAAUUCUUGACAAUGAAUUUUUAUUUGAUCUUCCAUUGCGAUUCUUUGGGUUACGUUUUGGUCCUUCCUGAUUUUUGAUCUACUGAUUUCUACAAUAGACUCUGGCUGCAGACCUCCAGAGGUCCACUCCAUUGCUUCAUAUUAUACGUCAGUGAUAACGCCUGAUUACACUGUGGUUAAGAUUAGAGAUGGCGGAGGGUUAUCUGAUUCAAGUCAGCCAUGUGACAAAAAAACUGCAAUCCAAUUGGCUGUCCAGCAGAGCUGUCAAUCGUAUCCUUUCUCAGUUCCUGACCACUGCUGUCAUGUGACCUCGUUUCUAAUUUUGCAUCCGUUUCUCACUUCUUUUUCUUAGACAAUCGACUAUACUGACAAGCCGGGUUUAUUACCGAUGCACUUAAUGAUACGAUUUGUAAAUUAAUUAGGAGAAAAACUGAAAAACGAGUCAAAAGUGGAAAAUCUACCACACCACAAUAAAAAGUCAAAACGAGAGUCAAAAAAUCAGAUUAAUAAUACCAGUGUGAGUCCAAAACCAGUAACAGCUUUUUGGAAACUGAAAGUUUUAGAAAGUAAAGCACGACCACCUAAAAGGGCUUUUGAACCCUUUGUGUGAUGAGUGGCAGGGUUACGACCUCCAAGCCCCGCCCCUAAGAGCCACUGAAGUGUAAACCAGUGGUUCGUACCCCUGGUCCUGGGGACCCUCUGAGCCCGCAGUUUCAUUCAUUUUGUGUCUCUGUUUGUCUGAGUCACAUUUUGCAAUCAAUUUUUUACCCACUUUUACCGAACUGAUUUCCUUCAAACUGUGCAUCCAAUGCCGAUCUCCCGUGAAAUUAUUUCAAUAUUUGACCCAGGAUCUAUACGGUAAUUACGUUACAUUUAAAUUUCUUAUUUCUUUAUAUUACAGUUUUUGCAAAUACACACAUAUACCGGGUGGCCCAUAUUUAUGUAACUGAUUGAAAAGGUGUUAUUGUCAGGAAACUAUCGAUGUUAUUAUCACAGUAACAUAAUGGAACAGGAACACUAAGAACCUUAAAUAGUUUUUCAUCCACUGUUCUCCAUGGCGUGUUCCACCAACAAGCCAUCCAGAUCGAUACACACCUGAAGACAAAGAGCAAUGCUGUCACAGGCGGCUUGGCACAUCUGUACUGGUAUCGUCUGAAAUUCGUCUCUGAUCGCUGCACGUAGCUCUUCCACAUUGUGGGUGCGAUGUUGAUACACCUUGUCUUUUAGGUAACCCCACAGGAAAGUGUCUGGUGGGGUCAAAUCAGGAGACCGAGCCGGCCAUUCCACAGGCCUGCAUCAGCCGAUCCAGCGUUGCAGGAAUGUUUCGUUCAACCACUGUUGCACUGGUACGGCAUAGCGUCCGACAAUCGAUUCGCCACCACUGUGUAUUCAAACACAGCAGGGGUUGCCCAUCCAGCACAUCGUUACUCCCAUUCUCAGGCUACACAGUGAUGCCAUUUUUGAUACUUUUCGUACAGUAGUUUAAAUGCUCCAGCCUGUGAAAUGUCAUGUACAUAAAUAUGGGCCACCCUGUAUAUAUAGAGUGCUUUUGGCCAACGCACAUACGAGGUGUGAUCAAAAAAUACAGUGAAUGUUUUAAAAAAGAAACGUAUAUUGCAGUAAAAGAUUUACAACUACAAGUCCCCCUCAAAAUACUGUCCUCCACUUCGAAUGCACUUAUCACAACGCUCCUGCCACUUUGUGAAGCCGUUCUGGAAGGUUUCUUUCAAGAGUGUCUUUAUUUGGGCUGUCGUGGCUGCCUGGAUGUCCUCAAUGGAUUGAAAUCGUUUGCCUUUCAUGGUCACUUUCAAUUUUGGGGACAGCCAGAAAUCGCACAGUUCCAGAUCCGGCGAAUAAGGUGGAUGCGGACACAGCGUUAUGUUUUUACUCGACAGAAAUGGACGUACUAGAAGGGAUGUGUGACAAGGAGCGUUGUCAUGAUGAAGAAUGAAACCAUUUCAACAUUUUCCUCGGUUAUUGAUGUUGAAGGACGUCCUGACCUUUUCUCGUCUUCAGCCAAGUCAGAUCCAUUACGAAAUCGAUCAGACCACUUGUAAACAGUCUUGAUUGUCGGUGCAGUGUCACCAUAAACCGAUUUUAACAUCUGAUGGGUUUCGUGUUAAUGCGUUGCUCGAUAUCCAUUAAUAACGACAAACUUGAAAAACACACUGAACUCAACAGUGGCUCACAAACGACUGACAGUAUCACAUAAGUUGAAACUCGUCACAAACUCGGCUCUCGGAUGGACUUGUCAGAACCGGCAUGGUGCUCUGCAUCAACAUUCACCAUACUUUUUGAUCACACCUCGUAUAUUUGAGAAAUUAGCGGUAUUGGUCAAGUGGUUAGCGUGUUGGACUUUCGAUCAAACAGUCGAAGGUUCAAGACCAAUGUAGACAAAUUAAUUUUAAAAAGAAAAAAUCAUUUUGAUGAGUUGAUAUUGAAGUUUUGUCAAAUUACUUCAAUACGACAGUUAAGCAGCAUUGGUCAGGUGGUUAGCGUGUUGGACGUUCAAUCAAAUAGUCGAACGUUCGAGUCCAAUGUACACACGUUUUUUUUUGUUUGUUUUUUAUUUUACCAGUUUUUUCAUCAUUUAUAUACAAAUUUGGUGAAAUACUCUUUUUAGUGAUUUAUUGUAUUGGCUCACUGGAUAAACUGUUUUCUAAGAAAGGUUCGAUUCUCCAAUAGACAAACACACAUUUCCAGGACUUCACACGAAUAACAUUUCUCCGUGGUUAGGACUUUCUGAACUGAGAGAUGAACGCAAAUGAGUGUGACGUCUCCCUUCCAGAUUGUAGGUUCGAUUCCACUCUGUCACUAAUGUCACUUCUGCCACAUCACCUGCCCACCCAAGUCAACGUCUUUGUAACGUGCAAAGGACCGUGUGGCAUUUGGGUGGCUAAAAAAUAUAUAAAAAAAAAUUUUUAAGGUCACAAUUUUAUUGAAAAAUGCACUUAAAAGUAAAACUUUUUUUUUUUUAUUGUACAAAGAUUUUGUUGGUCAGAUGUGGCUAAAAAUGAAAUUGUGGGCCACCCAUAAAAGAAUGAAUUUAAUUCAAUUAUAAUCCAUAGAGGUUAGGUUAGGUUAGGUUUGGUUAAGUUAAGUAGACUUUAUUAUCCCAGAGAGAAUUUGUUUGGUUUGUUUGUUUUAGAUUUCUUGAAUGAUUCCAAAAAAUAAUAACUCGUACAAUUUAUAGAUUUUUCUACAAUAACUUCUGGACCGUUGUUUAGGCUCAGAAACAUAAGGAUUUUGCAUAUAUGCUUUAAUGUUCUGUUUAAUUGUGGCUAAAACAUCAUUUGGUUUAUAUAUUGACCUUACCACAACUCCAUUUCUGUUUUGGUGUUGGGCGCCCCAUGUUGCUAGGUGUCACUACCCAUAAGUCAGUGCAACGGUGUGGCGCUCCCGUUGUGUAUGAUUGUGAAUACGUUCUCUAAAGCCUCUUGUGCAUUUUUGGGUUUAGAUUUACAGGAAACUAAUUUCUAUGUUUUUAACUUUGAUUUGCGAUUACAUUUUGAUUUAAAUGAACUGAUUUGCAUUUUGGUCUGCUGAAGCAGGGUGAUUUUUAUUUUCGCACUGGAAGUGAGAACAAAACGGAUCAAAGCCAAAGAGACAAACUGACCGUUUUCGACAAGCCAGAAAUUUGACACAAGUACCAAAAUUGUAAACCAGAAAGUAAGUCAGAAAACCGACAAUAAAAAUACCGAGAAGUGCACAUUAAGUCUUUUAGUUUUGUCCAAAAAACAGAUACCUUUUAGAAGGGUCACGCUGAUGACAUCACAGAAGCGAGCUCCCUGGGGACUUAUGGGAGGUCACAAAACGCCACCGUCCGUCAACAUUCAAAACAGCGGUGUAAAUAAGAUGCUAAAAAAAAUUACAACUUAGCCAGGAACCAAGGAUGAAGGAUGAAAGAAACGCCGUACUCAUCCUCAGAAACUCAAGAACAGUCAUCAAGAAGUACCAAAAAUGUAUAAAGAACACCAAUCACAGUAGACUUCAUCACAUUUAUUUACUUGCGCUUCAUUGUCGGACCUCGGCAGUACACUCAACUAGGUAGUUAGUGUCAGAACAAGACCCCACUUGACCGUCCUGUCACAUGCUAUAUGCCCCGCCCAUCGACAACAAUUAUGGCUCAGUCCUGUGAUGUGAUUGGAGGAGCAGAGGACAUAAAACUGGAGCGCCACUACUGCUCGCAGCGCACAGCCACUUCUCGUACACUUUGGCUCUUGACUGCGUUUGUAUUUCCUUUUUCAAUUUUAUUUUUUUCGGUUUCUCUGCACCCAUACCUGUGUUCUGACUCUCAUGUUGGGUGUUAUUUUUUGGAUCACUGAAUUUUAUUCUGACGUCCAGUUGUGGCAGUUCUUCAUUUUUAAACCAUUUUGUUGGCCAUUUUGGAUUUUUCACACUCAACACCAGUUUCAGCUCCCGUUGAUACUAAAUAUCUGCUUUCGCAAUACACUCAUAUAUGAAACGUACACAGAGAUGAAGAAUUGGGGUCUGUAGUGGAAACCCCAUUUGCAGUUGGUCAUCGGGAGCUGAAAUAUAAAACUGGGGGUCGUGAGUUGCUGCCGUUUGGGCCACACAGGUUCAUGACUCAACGAUGUAUUAAAUGGGAAUGGGUUUGCGUGCAGAUUGCGAAGGGUCUCGUGAGGGGUCACCAUUUGACAUUGUUCCACGAUGACUUUAGGCAACAAUUCUCCAAUCUUGAAGACACUUAGAAAGGCAAGAUAAGGUCACGAGGAAAUAAAGUUUAUGAUAGAUGUGAUAAGCCCGUCACGGUCCAAGUUUGAGUUUUCUGUCUUCGACAGGUCACUUCUAAGAAACGAGUGGUUUCACAAACAAACGGCAACUUCUUCUUUCUUAUUAUUUCUGACUGGGCAGAAGGGGCAAAACUUCCAGAGCCAACGAGGAAGUGACUUAAGAGGUCCUCCUGGAUUUCCUCCUCCGCUGUAGAGUUAGACAAGUCAUUAACAUCCGUGACACACCGCUCCGCAUUCACCAAGACUCUGAUGUGUGAAGAGCCCUCAAAACGCGCCUGAGAAGUUAGUUGAACGAAAUUCUUACUUGCAUGUCCAUCCAACAUGUCGCCGCUCCCCAGUGCCAUGACAAACGGGAAUCAAAUGUGAGGGAUGUAAAAGAUUUCCACAAUACUGAGAAUCCAAAGUGUACCCAUACUGGUAUGAACGGUCAGACCAAAAGCAAUGAGCGUGUGAUCCUGAUAACUGAACGCAGAUGGUUUAGGAAAUGACCAGAUUGCUCUUUCUGUCACCGUUCUACCAGUGUAGUCGUUUGGUUUCCUGAUCGAAACGAUGAAACAAGCUGUCGUCACCAGUCGUGGAUGCUGUGAAUUCCUUCAUCCCGUCUCACAGCAUAGCGGUUUGGCGACUGCAAGGAAACUUCUUUAUUUUUUUGGAGAAAUUUUGCACUCUUUGUUCUUUGGUAGCCUACACUUUCCAUAUUAUUUUUGACUGCAUGUUACUCUUUCUCACUCACCAAGUUCUUUGAUUGUCACAUCUCUCUUCUUUCCCAUUUUUGUUUUUGCUGUUAUUGGAGAAAAUUUUCAGAAACUCACUACAAGACAAAAUCAGCAUUCCAGUUGUGGGCCAUUCACAAGCAGCACAAAAGGGUUUAAUGGGAAACUAAAGGUGUCUCAGGGAUGAGACAAUGGAAGGGAAGGUUGGGUUACAGGGGCAUACAACACACAGGGAAAUCGUAAAUACGACACACACUGACGCCGUACAGUCACGCUGGCUAGAGCUGCACCUCAUCCACUAACCUUCACACCAACUACCCAAUUUCUUUCACCUCCUUGCGCCUGCCUUCAUCUUCCUCCUGAUCUUUAGGCUCCUGGAUUGAGGAUUCGGAGGCCAUUUUAAAGUACACCCAGUAUCGUGUGACAUAAAGGUACUGGUCUAGACCUCCCUCUAGAUGUCCACAUCUUGAGCCAAUCGUAAGAACAUAAGAAAUCUGACAAAAGAGAGGAGACCAUUCGGGCCCUCAAGCUUGUUUGUUUAGCUGGUAGCUAAGUUGUCUCAGGAUCCUUCUCAAUGGUUGUCGAGGUUUCUGCUUCAACUCCAUGUCUCUGCAUAAAGAAGUGCAUCCUGGCUUCAGUUGUAAAUCACGUUGCACACGUCCACUGAUGCGUAGCUCGCUGCCUUUGCAUUACACGUCCGUCAUGAUUGGCGACUCACCCAGUCAUCCAUUUCAAGGUUCACCUCACCCUCACCAGUCAUCCCGUACACUGUGGUUAGGGUUAGGGGGAAGUGAUGUCUACUACUCGGUGGGCGUGCCAUUCAGUGGGUGUGUCCUAUAGUGGGUGUGUCAUGCAUUGCACGUGUCAUAUAGUGGGAGUGUCCUGUAGCGCUUUGGGCUCCGACCAGACCCAUCUGAGAGUUUCCACUGUGUCAAUCAUGUGACAUAAACAUGCAGUCCUAUUCGCUGUUCAGCAAAGCUCCUGAAUCACAUAGUCUGCAGUUAAAUUCGUCUGUCCCCUGACUUCCUUAUCCCUUAAAUCAAUACAUUUAAAUUAAGGGGCCGUGGCACACCUGGAAAGAUUGAUAUCCUAAAAAGAAAAAGAAUUUCACUUUUUAAAUAUUGUCUUUAAAUUGCUUCAUAUAGUUUAGGAAGAUUUAGACAAGAACAGGCCAUUCAGCCCAGCUCGCCAGUCCCAGCCUCCAAAAUGACAUCAAGUCGAGUUUUGAGGUCCCUAAAGUCCUGCUGUCCACCACACUACUCGGUAAGUUUUAUAUUUUUUACCAUCUUAGUUUCCAGCUCCAUGUUUGUUUUGGGAAUGGCACCACAAUUUGGUGCAUUGCAGAGUCCAUUUCCGCGGGGAUUUCCCAUAAAGCACCAGGGCCGCUCCACUUGUGACGUCAUCGACGUGCCGGUGUAAAGAUCACCAUAAAAUAGUCCCUGGUAGCCCAGGCUUAGCGUUCUGCUUUCUUUGUGUGUUGAUGACUGUUUUUUGAAACGCAGCUCUGACCCUUGACCACGAUAUUUUGUUUUUUUUUGGUUCAUGAUUUGGCUUUGAUGUUUGUUUCUUUUUCACUUUCGGUUUGGACCCUUGCUUUGUCCGCUGACUUAGUUCCAAUGCUGUGUUCCUUUUACCUUGAAUGUCAGAGCUGGGAAGGACGUCACACCCGAGUUGGCGGAAUUCCAGUGAAACAUUUGGAAAAACAAUAUGGACGCCUCCAGGAAAGCUGUUGUUGCGCUCGCUCUUUCGAAAUACAGACGACUGCUGAACAUCGCGUUACGAAGUAUUUUCCGAAUACCGUAGCAAGAAGUCCACCGAUAGAAGUUGGACAGCACCGUGUGCCUGACAGGUUUAAUGAGAGUGAAGUGCUCAUAAACAGUAGAACGUUACAACCACCACUAAAGUUCUCAGUGUACGUCACCAUUUUGGUUUGAUGUCAUAAUCUGAAGUUGGACAAACUCGGACUUUCCAAGUAGAAAAUUCGACUUGUGGGGACGUUCCAACUGAAAAUUUCGAAUAAGAACGUGGAAAUUCUGACUUCCCAGUUCAAAUGAACCGCAGCAUUUCUCCUGCUUGUCGCUCCUGAAUUCUUUGGACUGCCUGUCCUUCCCUUGUUGGCCACGUGUGAAGUUUGUCGACUGACCCCCCCAGUUAUGUUCAGCACCGUCGGGCGUUUCUUGGUAAUUCCAGCAGGCUCGUUAUUUUUGGUCCGAUGCCCACAAAGCCAUCUGACGUUGGUACUGCUGGGGAUUUUUCAUUUGUAAAACUCGAUUUUUAGGUGGCACAUAGCCAACUGAGUGGCGUUUGCAGGUUUUGUGUUUUCUCGCUUGUGGACUCGUUUUGCAGCCACAUCUAAGGUAUCAUAAGGCGCGUUACGGGUUUGGGGGACGGUGGCAGUUUCUCGAUGCUGAAGAUGUGUAAAUGAAACACUGGAUGAAUGAACUUUCACGUUCAGGAUUAGUCGUUAACACACCGUUUCGUGCAUAUUGUAUGUUUAUCUAAAGAAGCAUCUCCAACUUUUUGUCAUUUUAAAGCAGCUGUUAGUAUCCUUUGAAUUAUUUGUAUAUUUUGAAAAAUAAACGGUACCGUUUGUAAA